AAUAUUCAAUAAUAUUCUGAUAUAAAGGACUACAUUUAAACUUAAGCAUUGACACGGGCAGCAGUUUUCUGCCACGCCAUCUCCCUAACCCUAAAAGCAUUUUAAAAUACACGGUUAGCCAUUUCUGGUGAUAUUUAAUUUUGUUAUCAAAUAUAGAGAAACACUUUUUAAGCUUUACAUCAAUGAUUUUAUCCCUGACUUGUGUUGUACUCGUAGACUCUACAAUGCCUAAAAUCACAACAAAUAUUGACUUGGAAUCAUUAAUAUUAUAGUUGAUGCAAAUAAAUAAUUUACUAAUCUACUUUAUUCUACACGGGCAGAUAUUUAGCCUUAGUGUUGUGUGUGAUCUUUAUCAGUCGGAAAAUCAUUUACCCGAUUAUUCUGAUAUCACUUGAAUGCAUCAUCGGCCACCUGCCUGAAGGCGUGUUGCAGCACGUCUCUUCUACGUCUCCGUCUGCUGCCGUUGUGUCCGACAGACAUUUUAUAAAUUAUUCGGCCUUUUUUUCUACAACGAGGAGUCAUUUGUAAGCAGUGGAAACUUUUUUUUUACUGCUAAACAAGUUGUUGGUGGCUGCAGUGGCCGACCACUUGAGCGACUGGAGUAACAGACGAAAAAGGAGGGCAAGAGGACGACUGAAUCUGGCACACAGUAAACAACGUGUUUGCGCCGCUGCCGCCAUGCCAGAGGAUUUGAGCCUGAGUAAAGACGGAAAAAGAGGGCGACAGGACGACUGAAUCUGGUCUCCAGAAGAGAUGUUGUGGAAGUGAUUCCUGGAGAGUUUCAAGGUCGACAAGUUUUGCAGAUUCUGCCUGGCAAGCAGCAAAGAUACACAGCAGCAAGAGAUGGCUUUGCAAGAGAAAUUCAUCAUGAGGGUUAUUGUCUCAGAGGGAGACAUCAGAAAAUUGACGAUGACAACACGACCGGACACACUUGAAGAUUUGACUGGCUGGCUUAAAGGCACUCUCCAAGCAAAUUACAACUUCGUCCUGCAGUACCAAGACCCUGACUUCAACAACGAACUGUGUAAUCUUGAAGAUGUCUCAGAGCUCCCAAAUAAGCCGACAAUUAAAAUCAUCCCUAUGAUUGAAUUGGCACCAGUCACUCCACCAGUUGAAAAACCAGUUGAACAAUCUUCAUUUUGUAGUGAUGCAAGCAGCCUGGCAGACACCGAGAUCCUGUCCAACUCCUCUCUGGAUAGAAGUGCGCCAUGGCCUGAGUUGUUUGAAAUUCCUAAAUUUUCAGUUGACGUUGAGUACCGACUCCGUCAAGGUAACUUGUUAUAUCUAAGAGAUGGAACCUAUCUUAAAGUGACAAAAGAGUUGAAGCAUGAUAUCCUCGAGAAAUUGGCCGAGGUCAUCUAUGCAUUUGAUGCAUACCCAAAAACGGAAGAUUUAGAGGUUGUCGCACAGGCUUUAGUACAGGCGCACCCAUGUCUUAAAGAAGCAGGGUCACCGUCUGGCUGUGUUGGAUGGAAGAACAGUUUGAAGUUCAAGCUUGGAAAUUACAGAGCCAAAAUGUGCAAGCUGGGCCGACUUGAUGUCACUGUCAACAGUGGCAAACGUGGAAAAUACUCAACAAAUGGUGACCCUCCAAACAAGGACAUAAAGAAACCAAGGAAAGGAGAACUAAAUUUCCUGCCUCAGUAUCCAGAGUGGUUGGAUGACCACAACCUGGAAGCCGCUCGCCAGGUUCUAGUCAAUGAAAUGAUGAAAGCAAAGCCAAAUGGGUCCCUUAUUAAGAAAGAGAUGGAUAAGACCUUUGCUCUUCGGAGAAAAGAAGUUGUGACAGACAAGCCUGCAAUUGCCCAGAUUGAACAGCGAUGGCCAGCACUUUUCUCUGAAAACGAGGUGUGUUGCGAGUUCACCCGAUUGGUGGGGAAAAAUCUCAAAGAAAACUUCUUUGAGGCACUUGACCGCUUCUCACCAAACUUGAUGGACCUCUUCAGGAAGAAGAGGGGCCUCAGCGGACAGCUUCUAACUGACCUUUUACGUCAGACAAGGACCAGUGAGCCCACAGACAUCAGGUGUCUUUGUCUUCGGGGACUGCCAGUCAUCUUGGGAGAUGACCCAUCUGCGUUCUUCAAAACCUGUUCGGAUGCAACUGACAAGGACAGUGAAACUCCAGUGGGAAUCCUCUGCAUUGACGAGCAGCCUCAACUCAACCCAUCCAGAGUGAGCAUCGUCUUGGAAGGACAUGUGGUGAUGGAGGAGCUGGCCAACCUGCCACAGGCUUUCUGUGUCCUUUUUGGACUGAUUUAGGCAUUGCAAUUGGAUUACCCCAAGUGCAUGAAAAACACCCUCCUCUUCAUUCAACAGGUUAUGCUCAACCUGGGCAGAGGUGAGCUGAAACCCAAAAUUCAAUCUUUGAAGAAUCAACUGUGUAAAACAGGGGUCUAAUUUAUUACAGCACUGCUCUGGAUCUGAGUGCUGUAAUGUUGCACUUGAAAACGUACCGUAUUUACUGUGGCAUUGUUUGAUAUUCCAGUUUUUUUGUUUUGCCACUGAAUUUGCAGUUUGAUUCCAUCCCGACUGGUGUAUUAUUCAUGUUAUCAGCAAUUUGGUUCCCUUUCUAUUUCUAGCUACACUAUGUUUUAUUCCGUUGACACAGCUUUUUUUUUGUAGUAUAAUUCCUUGCUGACAGUGCAUGUCAAGCACCUUCCACGUUCUUCAGCAGAUCAGGCCCAACUUGGGCAGAGGUGAGGUGAAGCCUAAAAUUCAAUCUUUGAAGAAUUAACUGUGUUUAAAACAGGUCUGAAUACUUUUCCACUGUUCUCGAUUUGAGUGCUUGGUUAUUUGUAAUGUUGCACUUUAAAAAUACAAUUACUGUAGGCACUGUUUAAUAUGCAAGUUUUUUUUAUGCAUAACCACUGAUCUUACUAUUUGCUUCAUGCUGAUUGAUGUGUGAUUUGUGUUAUUAGCACAGCUCUAUUGUUGCCUGUGUUUAACAGCAUUUUCAUUGACUUUGUAGAUUAAUGUAAUCAUGAGAAGAGCACUGAUUUUUUGAUUGCAAACCAGUUUGUAACAUGAUAGACAUUUAAUUAAACAU